AUGGCGAGUAAGGCGUGGCUGUCCGCAGCGCGCAAGCUGCUGCCGCUCUCCCUCCUCGUGCUCCUCGCCGUCACCAGCGCCAGCGCAGCGCGGCCCGGAAAUACGUUCGGCUCUACAUCGGCCUUGGGAUCUCCGCACAGGGUCGAGCGGAAGCUGUUCAGCUGGGACGGGGUGACGGUGGAUCAGAUCAUUGCAGGGAGCCUGGGCACAAUCGACGCUGUGGAUGACGACGGCGAAGUGACGACGAAGGUGGUGGAUAUUUUCAUGAACGCGGGUUACAACGUGAUGGUGAUCAAGAGCUCUCGCAAGGUGGAGGGUGACCCGUCUUAUGCCGAGGUCUGGGUGUCACAUUUCUGGGGUGACUCGGUUUUUGCGGUGUAUUACAAGCAGGGUGCGUUCAACGUUGUGAACACUGGGGAUGGCGGGUUUCAGAAUUGGGCCUUUGGAGGGAAUUGGGAUAGAAAGCAGCAGGAGGAGGAGGAGAGGAGGAAGGAGGAGGAGAUGGCAGUGCGAGUGGAAGCAGCAAUAAGAGAGAGGGUAGAAGCAGAACUGGCGUGCGAUCGGGUGCAGCAGCAGGUGGCAGCGAUGGUGGCGGCGGGCAGGCAGAAGCUGAGGGAGGAGGUGCAGGCGCAGGUGGAGAGAGAGAAGCUGGCGCUGCUGGCCGAAGCGCGAAGGAAAGAGGAGCAAAAGCGGAAGGAGCAGGAGGAGUUGGAGCGAAUGUUGGCGGAGAAUCAGAGGAAGGUGGAGGAGGCACAGAGGAGAGCAGCGGAGGAGAGAGCGAGAGAGGAGGGGUUGAGACACAAGGAACGAGAGGCAGUCAAUGUGGUGGGGUGGCGGGUGUAG